GUUACACAAACAUUGUCAAGAUCGGAAAUGGCUUACGACAAACCAAGAUGCCGUCGGUGGACAGAAAAGUUCUUUAAAGCCUAUUGCAUUGCGAUUGCAGUUAUUUUAGGUGUCAUGACUGCAAACCUGAUUGAAAACCACAAAUCGCAAGUUGGGAGAAUAAAAGUUGUACCACUACCAGAGUCUGUUGAAAUCAAAGGUAGAUUAAAGGAUAGAAGGAUGAAACCACAAAGACCUGUGAUAGGAAUUCUUUCUCAAGGUAUUAUGCAUAAGUUUGCAACUGCAAACCCAAAAUCUCUGCAUGGGUUUGGCGCAAAGUAUGGAAACUCCUACAUCCCCGCUUCUUACGCCAGAUUUAUACAGGCUUCAGGCGCUACAGUUGUUCCGAUUCCAAUUGACCUCCCAGAAGAUGAUCUAAGGAAUAUUUUUGAUUCCAUAAAUGGAAUAGUCUUUCCUGGGGGAGCCAGACCAAUCCCUGACAGUGAUUACUACAACGCUGCUGGUAAAUUGAUAAAAUGGGCGAUGGAAGCAAACGAUAGUGGAGACUAUUUUCCGAUUUGGGGAAUCUGUCUUGGGUUUCAGUUCAUGACCAAUUUCUUCUUAAAUUCGAAUCGGACGGUAGACCAGCACGAGGAUCUACGUGGACAUUGUAGAGCUUUUGAUUUGUCGCAGCCAUUCCGUCCAACCCAGAGCACAGAGAGCAGUAGACUGUUGGCGAAUAUAAGCAGACCGCUUUAUGAAGAUAUACAAAAGGAACCUUCCGUUUAUUUCUUUCAUACUAAAUGUUUCACGAUUAAACAACUUCAACGCAGUGGGGUUCUGCAGGAGAUUGAUGUUGUGGGAAAAAGUUUCGACCUUGAUGGUAAAGAGUAUGCAUCGAUGACCGAACACAAAAAAUAUCCAUUCUAUGGCACACAAUUCCACCCAGAGAAACUUAUGUUUGAGUGGAAUCCGAUCAUAACUAUCUUUAGACCUCAAAGUGGAAUUUUAUUUUCUCAGACCAUCCUUAACUUUUUUAUGAGUGAAGUAGCUAAGAACAGGCAUUCUUUCGAGAAUCCUGCUGUAGUAAAUAAAAUUGACAUAGAAAACUAUCCUUACAUCCACACUAUGCUCAUGCAUAACACUCAUUUACAAGCAUACUAUUUUCUUGAUGACAUCUCGUUUGGUAAACCUGUUAUUGAUUACAGAUUGAAUCAGCAAAAGUUUGAUUUGCUGGUGCAACUAGGAAAUUCGUCACUGACACAAAUAUUAGGAAUAAAUGCAUAAAAGAUAUAGCAGAGAUAAAGGUUGGCACCGCUCAGUAAGAAGCAAAGUCUUUAAAAUAUUCAUUUUAGAUAAUAGUGAGUAGUGACUAAUUUGGAUUUUUUAUACCGUGCACUUUCUGUUUCCCCCGAGAGGCCCGGUAUAAAGAUAGGUUUCACUGUAUAUUAUGAACAUUAUAUGAAUCUGUAUUGUGUUUAACACUUUAAAGUAUCUUAUGCAUUAUGUUAAAAUAUAACGACUGUUUUUAAUAAAUUUGACACUUUGUACUGCAUCGAAACUUAAAACUUAUAUUUAAAGGUGAUCCUCUCUUUUUAUUUUGUCAGAACAUUUUCAUGUUGAAUUGGUAGAGCAUAGUGUUGGUUAAGCAUAAUUUGUAUAGCAUAAUUUAAAUCGGUAAAGCAUGACUGCCACCAAGAUGUAACCCUAACAAGGGUAAUUUAAAUUGGUAUUGGUAAAACAUAAUUUAAAUUCAUAAGCAUAUUAUUUAAAUAAGUGUGGCAUAAUUCGUUUUAGGGAAGAAAUUUCACCCGUAAAACAAAUUUAAGUAGUAUUAUCACUUUAUUAUAAUACUACUUAUUAUUUAAGUAGUGUUAUUACUUUAUUAAGUAGUGUAUUAUUACUAAAUUAAAGUGUAUUAUUACUGCCCUUAAAUUCCGUACGCGAAACUUGUUUUGUGCAAUGUAUGUAUUUCCACGAUAUGAUUUACGGACCAAUUGUUUACAAAAACUUCCCUUGGUCAACUUUGUUUACACUUUUAAAGGUCUCUCUAAAUUCGGUUAUGUCUUUGGUUUGUAACUGUACCCGUAGCUUAAUGAAACUAUACCUUAGUUCAAAAUUGUCAUUUUUAAUUGCGUAGACUUACUGCUUUUGUUUUUUGUGUGAAUUAAUGCAUUAUAAUUCCGAUGUAAAGAAAAUGAAGUUUGUUCUGAUAAGUUUUUCGUUUUUUAUAUCGUGCUGUUCGGCGGUUAAAAUCGAUGUUGUCGAACUUGAACCAGCUUAUCGUCCUCACAAUCGGAUCGACAUGAGAAAACGAUUAUGGUCAAUGCAUGGGAAUCCGAAUAGUAGCAAUCUGUCCCUUCGUUCAAAAAGUGGAUUAAACUGGAAGGAGCUUAAAGAUCUUAAAGCACCCGCUGGAAAUAAAGUGGAACGAUCUGAAGGUGAUAAAAGCCAAAAUUACGGAGAUUUAGCUUGGUCAUUGGGAAUGAAAGGCACAAAACCUAUCAACAACGAAUGGGAAGGCAACAAGAAAGUUAAUUCCAAGAAGCCCAACUUGUUGGCGAAUAUGAUCGACCGCGAAAGAGCCAUCAAUGGGAGAUUAAUUCGCCCUGCACCGUUUCUACGUGCUGGAAAUUGAUUCGAGCUGACUUGCUCAUUGUAUUUGUGGAUUUCACUUUUCUAAGUACAUCUUUUGAGUAUAUUUUUGGAUUCAAUGAAUUUCAUUAUUUUACAUUCUUGAAGGA